GCAGACGCCGGUGUAGGAUUGCGAGACACCCAGCAGCCAGCGACAGCUCUCGGGUGCGUCUGGGGUUGGGCGCUAUUUGUCUCCUAAAUUCCACAACGACUUUGGGUAACAAUGACUACGUCGGGGUCGCUGGAUCGGAUUGAACUCUGUGACAGCCUUCUGACAUGGGUUCAAACAUUUGGUGUGGAGGCUCCAUGCAAGACGGUGGAUGACUUGACGAGUGGUAUCGUCAUGGCUCAAGCCCUACAGAAAAUAGAUUUAGUGUAUUUCAGUGAUGCAUGGAUUAGUAGAAUCAAGCCAGAGGUGGGGGACAAUUGGAGGUUGAAGGUCAGCAAUCUAAAAAAGAUCCUCAAAGGCAUCCUAGACUAUAAUCAGGAGAUUCUUGGCCAACACAUAAAUGACUUCACACUUCCUGAUAUCAACCUUAUUGGGGAACAUUCAGAUGCAGCAGAACUUGGGAGGAUGCUGCAGCUCAUUCUGGGCUGUGCGGUCAACUGUGAACAGAAACAAGAAUACAUCCAAACCAUCAUGAUGAUGGAGGAGUCAGUCCAGCAUGUCGUCAUGACAGCCAUUCAGGAGCUGAUGAGUAAAGAAACACCAGUGAUUGGAGGUAAUGACUCCUAUGUGGAUCUGGACAGACAGCUGAAGAAGACUGCUGAAGAGCUAAACGAAGCUUUGGCCACAAAGGAGGAGAUCGCCCAAAGGUGUCGUGAGCUUGACAUGCAGGCUAUCCAUGUCCAAGAGGAGCGUGAUAGACUGAGGUUAGAGUUUAAUGAGCUAGAAGAGAGGGUUGCAGCCCUGCAAGAGGAGAAAAGCAGUUUGCUAGCUGAAAACCAGGUUUUGAUGGAGAGACUCAACCAGUCAGACUCCAUCGAGGACAUAAAUAGCCCGGCUGGCCGCAGACACCUCCAGCUGCAGACACAACUGGAGCAGCUACAAGAAGAAAGCUUCAGGUUGGAAGCUGCAAAAGACGACUACCGAAUACGUUGCGAGGAGCUCGAAAAAGAACUGUUGGAUGUCAAGUCACAAAUUGAGGAGCUCACAUCUUUGGCGGAUGAAGCCCAGUCUCUAAAGGAUGAAAUUGAUGUCCUCAGGCAUUCAUCCGACAAAGUGUCAAAGCUUGAGGGCACAGUAGAUCACUACAAGAAGAAAUUGGAGGACAUGGGACUUCUCAGAAGACAGACUAAGCUCUUGGAGGAGAAAAACACAGUAUUAAUGGAGACCAACAUUAGUUUGGAAGAAGAGAUAAGAAAAGCUAAUGCUACUAAGGGACAGCUGGAGACCUAUAAGAGACAGGUGGUUGAACUUCAGAACAGACUUUCCGAAGAAUCGAAAAAGGCAGAUAAGAACGAGUUUGAGUACAAACGAGUCAAAGAGAAAGUAGAGGCUCUACAAAAAGAAAAAGAUCGAAUGCGAACGGAGAGAGACUCUUUGAAGGAGACCAUCGAGGAGCUGCAUUGUGUCCAAGCUCAGGCGGGACAGCUUACAUCAGGUCUGCUCCCUGCACUAAGCAGCACUGAUUCGCUGGCAGCUGAGAUAACAACGCCUGAGAUAAGGGAGCAUUUAAUUCGUCUUCAGCACGAGAACAAAAUGCUAAAACUGGCCCAGGAAGGAUCGGAUAACGAAAAGAUUGCAUUGCUGCAGAGUCUGUUGGAGGAUGCCAAUCGAAGGAAAAGUGAACUGGAGACAGAAAACAGGUUAACCAAUCAGCGCUUGAUGGAGGAGCAGAGCCAAAUAGAGGAACUACAGAAGACGCUUCAAGAACAAGGCUCUAAAGCAGAUGAUUCCUCCAGUUUGAAGAAGAAGUACGAGGAGCACAUGGAGAAAGUACGGCAGUUGAACAAUGAGUUACUGAAGAAGAACACCUAUAUCGAUGAGAUGGAACCCAAAUACACUGCAAGCUCUCAACGAGUGGAUGAGCUGGAAGACGCCUUGAAAAAGAAAGAUGACGAGAUGAAACAGAUGGAGGAGAGAUAUAAAAAAUACUUGGAGAAAGCCAAGAGUGUGAUUCGCACCUUGGAUCCUAAGCAGAACCAGGGAUCUGGUCCAGAAGUUCAGGUCUUGAAGAACCAACUGCAGGAGAAAGAGCGGAUGUUACAUUCCUUGGAGAAAGAGAUGGACAAGACAAAAGGCCAGAGGGACAAUGAGGAGAAACUAAUUGUAUCAGCUUGGUACAAUAUGGAAUUGAUGAUCCAGAAGAAAGCGGCUGAGGACCGACUUGCCAAAACAAAUUCCAGUCAGUCCUUCCUGGCCCGGCAGAGACAAGCCACCAGUUCACGUCGCACCUACCCAGGCCAUGUGCAGCCAGCUACCGCAAGAUCUGCAAGGUAGAGAUGCCAGACAAGACUUGCACCACUUUUAUUUCCACUCAAACAUUUUUUAACCUGACUCAAUCAUGAUGGCAGACCACUUCUUGUAGUUUAACGGUCUUACUAAUAAUAGCCUCAAACACUCAACUUCUGACCUUUCUGGGUGAUGAAUCAAUUCCCUGAUUUACUUUUUUCAUGCAUAAAUAUAUUGUACCAGUAUUAUGUUAACGUCUUAAUUUACUUUGUCGUAUACAGCACAAUCUCCCAAGUCAUACAAGUGGGUAAAUGGGUUAACUGCAUGAUUUUCAACAAUUGAUUGCUCAAUAUAGCAUCUGUUUGCUAAAACAAAUGUGCGUCUUAAUAGAUAUGUAGUUAAUUGUAUUGUUCAUAUUGUACAUGUCUUGUUCUAUGUUUAUAAGUACAAUUUAUUUUUUCCAAUUCACUGCACAUUAAGGGUGUCCAAACUAAUUGCACUAAAAGCUGCAUACUGAACAGUUGAGGCAUGCGUGGGGAAUGAGUAUGAUAAUAAUAAACAUUAUCAGGCAUGUGAGCAUCCUUUAAGAACAAAAAGAGGCAAACUGACUAAAAAGACGAACAUUUCGACACAAAGUGUUGCCACUCAAGCCCCGCGAGCAUCAAAUAGGUUGCAGUCACACAGUGACCAAAUAUGUCUCAUUAGCACUCCAACAAGUCAAUAACAUCAACAAAGCUCACCUUUGUGGAUUCACUCACAGCAUAAGACGUUUGUUGGACAAAUACAGACAAAGAAGGAGUGGCAUAAAACACGUCUCUCUGUGGCAGCAUCAAGGAAAGUUGUUCAUGCAAACAAACUACGGUGCGUUCAAGGACUUCCGAAAUUAGUGCGCCAAAUACUCUUAUCAGUAAUGCAUGUUUAAUGUCAACUGUGGGAUUUCUAAAAAUUAGGAUGAUUUGUAUUAUGUUUGUCCUCUAACAGAAACCACAUUAAAACAAAAAUUAUUCUUUUCCCCCAUCUUUUUCCAUUUUCAUACAUAUUUUUAUAACGCUCCAGGGAGCCACUAGGGCGGCACUAAACAACCGCUUGUGGCUCGAAAGCCGCGAGUUGCCCCACUUUUGUUCAAUUGGGCAUGUAAGCACACAUUGACCGAAAAAAAGAGGAAAACUGACAAUAAAAAAUACGAAAAUUUCAACACAAAGUAUUGCCACUCAAUCCCCACGAAAAAAUAUUAAAAAUCAAGACUACAUUUACUGCAAUUCGGUGCAUUUCUAAACUAUAUUUUACCUUUGGAUUUAUUCUCAUCUACCAUCUACCUGUCUUUUUAACACUUACAUGUACCAUAUUUAGUGUUUUUCUACUUCAUUAUCAUUGUAAAUCCCGCGACCCCAAAGGGAAUAAGCGGCAGAAAAAUGGAUGGAUGGAUUAUCAUUUUAAACGUAAUGUAAAUUAAAUAACAUGCAUGCAAAAAAUUCAGAAAACGUUUCCCAUUUGGCAACUUCAUCCUAAAGCCACACCCCCUCGGGUAAUAUACUUCCGGUGUUAUGACCUCUGUUUACAUCCGUCACGUCAAAAACAUACUUUCUCACUGGCUACUAAUAAAUGCUCUGGAACCACAACUGGUUUGGAAAUAAUAGUGUUCAGAUUGUAAUCAUCCAAAAAUGAUUAGCAGCAAAGUAGACAGCCGUCAACGUUGUGGCUCGGAAAAAACGCAGGCGACAACAAGUGAGCUAGCUCGAUGAUGCUAACUAUGCCAACUUGCGAGCUUUUUUGGGCGCCCUGUCCUGCAUGCAGUGCGGCGUUUAGACAAGAGGAACAGCGAGUACUUGCGGCUGAGGCAAGUGUUCAACAUAGUUUUUAAAGAUCCCAUUCUCUAAAUAUCGUAGCAGGUUUACAUAAUUCACCCAUGAAAGUUUUGUUUUAAUAUUUCAUUAAAAAAAACGUGGAAGUGAUAUUUUAACGUGAAAAUGUUUAAAGGAGAACAUUAUCACCACACCUAUGUAAACGUCAAUAUAUACCUUGAUGUUGCAGAAAAAAGACCAUAUAUUUUUUUAACCGAUUUCUGAACUCUAAAUGGGUGAAUUUUGGUGAAUUAAACGCCUUUCUAUUAUUCGCUCUCAGAGCGAUGACGUCACAUUGUGACGUCACCUAGGUAGUCAAUCCGCCAUUUUCUCAAACACAUUACAAACAUCGAGUCUAAUCAGCUCUGUUUUUUUCCGUUUUUUCGACUUUUUUCCGUACCUUGGAGACAUCAAACCUCGUCGGUGUGUUGUCGGAGGGUGUAACAACACGAUCAGGGACGGAUUCAAGUUGACUUACGUGGAGUGUGCAUCGAUUAGCACGGCAUGCUAAUUGAUGCUAACAUGCUAUUUAGGCUAGCUGUAUGUACAUUUGUAGCUAUAUUUACAUCCAGCCUUUCUCUCCACCCACGUUUAAUGCCAAACAAACACUUACCAAUCGACAGAUUUAAAUUGCUCCAGUGUCACAAGAUGUGAAAGUCCCGAUCGUUUGGUCUGCACAUUUUACCAGCAAUGUUAAGGCAGACAUGCCACAGAGAUGUAUGGAUAUCUUGCAGAUGCAUUUCCAACGUUAAAGUCAACGAAAUCACAAAGGUGAGUUUUGUUGAUGUUAUUGACUUAUGUGCUAAUCAGACAUAUUUGGUCACGGCAUGACUGCCAGCUAAUCGAUGCUAACAUGCUAUUUAGGCUAGCUGUAUGUACAUUUGUAGCUAUAUUUGCAUCCAGCCUUUCUCGCCACCCACAUUUAAUGCCAAACAAACACUUACCAAUCGACAGAUUUCAGUUGCUCCAGUGUCACAAGGUGUGAAAGUCCCGAUCGUUUGGUCUGCACAGUUUACCGGCGAUGCUGAGGAAGACAAUCGCCGAAUAGCGUCAAUAGCUAUUCGCUCAAUAGCUUCAGUUUCUUCUUCAAUUUUGUUUUCGCUAUCUGCCUCCACACUCCAACCAUCCGUUUCAAUAAAUGCGUAAUCUGUUGAAUCGCUUAAACCGCUGAAAUCCGAGUCUGAAUCUGAGCUAAUGUCGCUAUAUCUUGCUGUGCUGUCUGCCAUUUUGGCAUCACUAAAUGACGUCACAGGAAAAUGGACGAUGGAUUUAAAGAUAGUGAAAAUCAGGCACUUUAAAGGUCUUUUUUGGGAUAAUCCAUGAUGGGUAAAAUUUUGAAAAAAACUUCGAAAAAUAAAAUAAGCCACUGGAAACUGAUAUUUAUUGGUUUUAACCCUUCUGAAAUUGUGAUAAUGUUGCCCUUUAAAAACAUGAAUUUCCACAUUUUUUGCAGAUAUUUCACAUGCCUGCAUUGCACAAGCUUUUUGGUAUUGGCCAUUAUCACUUAUUACUGCUCUUUUGUCUUGCAUUUUUACAAUUGGUUUUUUUUUUGUUCGAUUUAAUUAUGACCACAGAAUCUAUAUGCGGAAUGCAAAAUACUUUGGAUAGCCUUGCUGUACAACUUUCUAUGAUGACAUCGAAAAAUGCCAACAGACACUUAAGUGAUUGUCUGACUCUGACAAUUGAGAGUUUUUUCUUUUUUUGCCAAAAACUGUGCCACUUGUGUGACUUUAGAGGUUCCACUGUAAUCCGGAUGCAAUAUGUGACAUCAUCAGGUGUCAUAAUUGUCCGGUUGGUAUUUUAGUGUACCCGUACUGUAGAUUCUCAUAUUGGUGCCAACAUGUUAAAUAGAACAUGCAAACUGAAGGAUAUAUAGAGUUGAUUAAUCCCCUUUCAAAUUGCAAUUUUCUGGAAUGAAAUUGUACAAGAUAUUGGAAUACGUCUUGAGACUAUUUGAAUAUCAUCUCCGUUGUCAUCCCAAAGUUUGUGGCUCUUUACCUCUUCUUUCUUAUUAACCCUCUUAAUUUGACAUCCGCUUUGCCACAAGUUGCUGCUAACGUUCUCUGCUUUCUGACCGUGAUCUCCUGUUCUCAACUCCCCACUGACAGCAAUAUCCCAGCAUGACUGGCACACCAGGCCGGGUCUGUGGCCCGUGCUGGCAUCAACCAGGGCCAACUCGAGGCGCGCGAUGCAUGAAUUACCCCGGCUUGCAUAUCUUUGCGUUGACUGCAAGUAACCCCAGCACCAGCACAGUCAGCACUAACAACCUUCCACUGCUUUGCAAUCCCAAUACGUGCCAGCAGAGAGCGACGUUGGAAAAGCAAACUCUCAUGUUGUCCAUGUUUGUUUUAUCCUUAUCCUAACUCCAUCCGUGCCCCCUCAUGGACUCACUUUCUGUGCUUCCAACCUGCAUCAGGUCUGUUACAACCUUUCUAUUACAAAGGCCAGCACAGUGACAGAAUACCUCAAAUAACAGUUUUUUUCCACAUGCUCAGUUGUGAAUCGAUGUCAGUAUUGCAAAAGGAGAACUGCAGUCGUACACCUUCAAGUAUUUAAGUACCCCUCUAGUGCUCGUGGUUAUGUUAACAAUGUAACAAGAAAGCUUUAACCUCACCUUAAAAGGUUGGAUUUUUAUAGACAUAGGAUCGGAACAUUUUCACACAGGAUACAAUUAUUUUUAUUUAAGUUUGUAUUCUGCAAACAAAUGACUUGGACACCAACUCUCGCUUGUUUUUAUGUCCAAGAAACUAAAAAGUAAGCUACAGAGAGAGUGGAAAGAACUUAAAAAACUGCAUUAGCUCAUGUAGGUUAAUGAUUAUGAUAAGAUGUUGAAAAACCCAAUUUAUGAAAAUAAUCCUAAAAUGAAUUGAUCACAGGUCACCUUUAUCAUGCAGCAGCAUUGUACAUUUUGUGUAGCUUUGUCAAUGCAUAUUUAUGCUUUUAUUUGUGGGGCUUUUGACAUUUAAAAGAAGAAGUGGUGACAUGCAAAUAUUUUUGGUUGAUGUGAUGCGGUUGAGUCCUCCGGUUUUAGUGCCUUUGCAGAGAGGGUUAAGGCGAUGCAAGCUGAGAAGGAAAAUUGAGUUGCUUUUACUUCUUUUACUCAUCAUUCUUAUACUGUGUAUUAUUUCAUGCAGUGCAUAUUUUAUUAUUUAUUCUUUUGUGCGGCAGUGUUAGCAUUUUAUCACCACUUUUAAUACUGUUGAAUUAUCGUCUUAUGCAACAGUGGAACGGCACAAAGUGGAACGGUUACUCUUUUUUUUUUCUACAGGAAAACAUGAUAUAAGUCUUUAAAAGGGCCGUUUAUUGUUGAAUCUUAACGGGAAAAGCACAUUUUUACCAUUAAAUUGUUUUAUUGAAUUUAAUGUUUUGUCCCUUAGGAAUGAAAUUAAAGUAACUCGUGUAUUAAACAAUUACUUUGCAGUCAAUAUUGAGGGGGAUACAUUCAUUCAGUGGAAUCUCCAAAACUGACAUUUUUCUGUUCUAGGGUUGAACCUAAAUUUAAAGCUAUAAUCAGACUUUGAACAUGCCUGAUACUUGAUUUAAGAAGUGUAACAUGAAUUUGUGUGUAACUUACAUCAUUAAUUGUAUUGCUCAUUUUGCACCGAGCAGCCUCUUCUGGUUCUAUGGUUAUCAUCACUGGUGUUUAGACACUUACUGGAUUUGCUGACAUCGAUUAGGACUGAAAGACAACUUUGGAGGUUCCACUGUAUUAAAAUGAGUCUAUUAUUCAUGACUGAUAAUUGGGCACACCCAUGGGGGUCAGUGUAAAUUUUGCGUCGCAAAUUAAGCACCUUGUGUUGUCUCAGAGUCACACAAGGGAGACACAUUGGUGUUUGAUUAGGCAAAUAUCGUCAGAAAAUAUAUAAGUCCCUGAUAGUGUUACUGAACUACUUAACUGUACAAAGAAACACAACACUGCAUUAACAAGGCAUGGCGUGUGUGUUUGUGUGUGUCGCUCCGUGUUUUUCUACUCAUUUGGACAAUGACGUUGGAACUAACCUCCUGUUUGCCAAGUUUUCUACCGCUUGUAUACAAACACACAAUGUACAUACUGUAGUGUUCACAGCAUAAAGGAGGCCUUCACCACUUUGAGGAAAAGGAAGUGAAAAUAGUUUGGAUGGAUAGCAUCUAUCUGAAAAGUGUUUGUCCGUUUAAAAAAAUGUGCUUCCGACACUGUAAACACUUGGAUAUGACAUUGUAAAUAAAGCUUGUAUAAGAAAAA